CAAACGUUACGGCUCCUAAACGUCACAUCGCGGAUAGUUCCUGGUCUGGUGGCGUGCAUGGCUGCGUUGUUCCAGUACGUGAAAAUAACCAGUUUAAAUGUAAGAUUUCGAGGAAGCAUACAUAUUAGAUCAACACAACACAGUAAGGCGUUAGAAGCGCGCUGACUCGGAGUUCUAACACACAAAAAAAACAUGUUCCCAUGUGACUUUGCGUGGGGAGCGGCAACUGCAGCUUAUCAAAUAGAAGGUGGCUGGCAGGCAGACGGCAAGGGACCAAGUAUCUGGGACACAUUUUGUCACGAGAAAGGUAGAGUGUUUGGGGAGCAGAAUGGAGACGUGGGCUGUAACAGCUACGAGCUUUGGGAGAAGGACCUGCAGUGUAUCCAGCAGCUUGGCCUGACGCACUAUCGCCUGUCUCUCUCCUGGGCCCGCCUCCUGCCUGACGGGACCACACGACAUGUCAAUCAAAAAGGUGUACAGUACUACAACAAGGUGAUUGAUGAUUUGCUGGCCUGCAAUGUAUCACCCAUGGUCACCCUGUACCACUUUGACCUGCCUCAAGCUCUCCAAGAUCGGGGAGGCUGGAAAUCAGCAGGCAUAGCAAACAUCUUUGAUAGCUAUGCAAAGUUUUGUUUCCGAACGUUUGGCGACCGUGUGAAACUUUGGAUCACUAUCAACGAGCCAUAUGUGUGCGCCAAACUGGGCCAUGAAGAUGGCAUCCAUGCCCCAGGCUUAAAAGAACCGGGGACUGCUGCAUACCUGGUAGGCCAUAACAUGCUGCGUGCCCACGCCAUGGCCUGGCACAGCUACAACUCCUCCUACAGGACAAAGCAGAAGGGCGCUGUGUCUCUGGCCAUCAACAGCGACUGGCUUGAGCCGUCACGAGCAGGAUCCACCGAGGACAUCGCUGCCACAGAGCGCUGUCUAGCAUUUACACUUGGGUGGUUUGCCUGGCCUGUGUUUGUAACUGGGGAUUAUCCAGAAAUAAUGAGAUCUUCGAUCGACGCUCAACAUAAGAAGUUGGGAUACAGUGGCAGCUCAAGGUUGCCCAGUUUCUCAAAUGAUGAGCCUGCCAUUUUGGGCACAGCUGACUUCUUUGCGCUAAACUACUAUACGUCUCGUAAAGUGAAGCCAGGAGGAGGUUGUGGAAAGAUUUUGAGUAUGAACUGCGACCGAGACACAGAAGAAGAUUUGGAUCCGUCCUGGCCUAUUUGCGGUGUGUCCUGGCUCGCUGUAGUACCUCAUGGCUUAAGGAAACUUCUCAAGUAUAUAAAGGACACGUUCAACAACCCAGCAGUCUACAUUACAGAGAAUGGCUUCGCUCAGGUGGGGCCGCUCCAACUCGAGGAUGUCCAGCGCUCAGAGUUUUACAAGGACACCAUCCUGGAAGUGGCCAAAGCUGUACAAGAAGACGGGGUCAAUGUCCGUGGAUAUUUCGCAUGGUCGCUGCUGGACAACUUUGAAUGGGCUGAUGGAUUCAGUGUUCGUUUUGGAUUGUUCCAUGUGGACUUUGAGGACCCCAAGCUAAGCCGAACUAUGUACCUGUCCGGACGGGAGUACGCAAAGAUUAUCUUGAAAUAUAAAUGAGGUUGAGGUUGUUUUUUAAAUACAUCUCUAAUAAACAAGCAGUUUUUGUUGAAC